CCUGGGCUGAAACACUGUCGAAGAGGGGAGAGACAAAUCAGAGGGGAGUGGCGACCAGCGACCAAGCGAAAUUUCUUUCGAAGCACACCCACACAAAACACACAAGUCUGGAUCGAAGUUCUCUUUUGAAGCAAUACUGGACGAAAUUUCUUUUCCCUCUUUCAAUCAAACCUAACGUUUCUCUCCAUGAGCCUCUUUCUGUUGGCUAUCGAUCGAAGCAAGCGGCAAGCCCUAAGCCCUAAAUGAUAACGCACGGCUUAGAGACGAAACCCUAAAUCUGAAGAUUGUGUUUGAAUUUCUCUAACCUCUCUAGCCUUUUGUCUGAUUGGUAAGCAACCCUUUUUGUCUGAUUGUCUGUCUCUAGGAAACGACAUUUUUCUGAAGGAAGAGGAAACCCAGCUCUCUCUCUCCUCUCCUGUGUGUAAGCUAUAUAUUCUGAUACCAAUGCUGAUAAAUAUUGUGGAUCGUUACACCAUGUUUUAUCCCAAUACCCUGACGGGGCUAGGGAGGAUGCUUCAAUUGCGUACGUGUUAUUGAUUACUUCUUGUAGAAGUAGUCACUUAUGAUUGAAUAAAUCAGUGAGGAGUCAUGGAUAAAGGAUGGAUGCACCUUGGUGACAGAGCUUCAAAUGAGUAUAAAACUGGAGCACAAAGUAUGGAUCACUGAAGUCAUUGAUGCCAGUGUGCCUUUGUAUAGGCCUGAAGUUCGUUGGUUUGAUUUGAAAGAGGCAUAUGUUAUAAAGCGGCUACAAUUGCAUGCCUAUCAAGUGCAUCAAAAUUUGUACAAGAGGCUGAAAAAGACGAUGAAAAGUUAAAGAAGAUAGUCAAAGAAACCAUUGAAUUCAAACAGAUAAUCAAUAAGUUAGCAAAGGAGCUUAUCCAAGCAAAAUGAGAGAAUGAAGAUCUAAAGAAACAAAUUAAUGAAGGGAAAAGAAAAGCUUUUGGGAGCGAUUUUGUCAUCACCGAGCUUGAGAAGAAGAUCAUCAUUCUUGAGGAAAAGGUCUUAAAAAUGAACUGGUGGACGACAAUCCACCUCAAGCUUGAAAGUUGUUAGAAGGUUGUUUACUAUUUUGUAUUUUGACCGUUCUAUGUAUAUUCGUAGUUGUGGAAAUGUAACUAAGUUAGUAUUCAUGGCCUUGUAACUUAAGAACGAACUUAUCUUUUGUUUGAUGUAAAUGAAACUAAUGGAAUUAUGGUAUAUGUUUCCAUGCAAUUGUAUCAUGUAACGUUGUAAGACAGAGACUUUAAAUCUUAACCAUGUAUUUUGGGACUGUAAUUAUGAUAAUUUAGAUUAAUUGGUGUGUGGAUGUUCCGCCAUAAGAGGAACUAUGUUGAGGUAUAAUGAACGGAUGAAUGAGAUGCUAGAUGAUAUUAUGUGUUUUGUGUAUUGAGACAUGUUGUUGAAGGCCCAUUUUCAGGGGAGGUUAAGCCAAAUUUUUUUUUUUUUUUUAAAUUUUGGCAUCACUUAGGGUCGUUACAGAUGACUCUUGGAAAUUUAACAUUGAGGACAUUGAGAUUGAUAUUAUAUUUGAUGUGUUGAUUGUUUGGGGGUUUUGAGUAAUCAAAUCAAGCUUGUCCAAGAACAAAUUGUGAAGCGCAUUCCAGGUGUUCGACAAAAUUACCAAGUGAAGGUCGGGGCUUCAAACCAAAAAUUUUCGAACAUAAGAUGCCUCCAAAACUGUCUCAAAAAGCCAAAGGGAAAGGUAUUGCAUCACCUCCACCUAUAAAGAAAGCCCGAACAACGCUUUCUAUUCGGGAACCGCAAGAGGGUUCAAAUGUUCCAAGGGAUGAACCGUCUUCGCCUAGCUUUCCUACCACUGAGAUACCAUCUGGGUAUCCAUCAGUUUUUGACAUUGUGAAGGUUCAGUUUACUUCAGAACACUUCUACAACGACCAUACUUGGCAAGUAUACAAUAAAGUGUAUAAGAACGGUCCGAUAAAGUUGGAACGAAAUGUGAACUUGAAGAAGUUAAGAGAUAGUCCGGGAAAGAAAUUAGUUGAUUAUAUUGAGAAGCAUAAGUGGUUAUUCUUUACCACUAUGGCGAAUUCCUACAGUCCCGAUCUCUUUCACUAUUUCUACUCGAAUAUCCGCAAGGUUCAUGAUUCUGGAUAUUUUGAGGUUUCAUUAUUCGAGAAGGAUUAUGUUAUUCAUACAGAUGCGAUAGGCAAAGUUCUUGGUAUUCUCAAGAAUUUUUCUAUCACAGGAUAUCGUCUUCCACUUGAUCACUCCGGGCUCAAGUGGGAAGAUAUUUGUAAUGAAUUGUGUAUUCCGGAUUCACUAAGGUUUUCCGACUACAUUCCAAAUCGCUAUCUUAUAGAUGAGGCAGCUUUUCUCAAUUUGUUUGCGAUUUCCAACCUUGGCUACUUCGGGAAGAAUGAUGUUUUUUCUGUAGAUCGUGCCGAGGUACUUUAUCUCUUAUCCAUUGAUGCUAUGAUUCAUCUUGAUUCUUCUAUCUAUGGACUGAUGGUGGCGCACUACAAGAAUAAUACCAAGAAGAAAUCAUCUCCAUUCCCUAUGAUUAUUAUGGCAUUAUAUCGGCAUUUUGAGAUUCCACUUCCACUACGUGCUCAUCAUAUAGAGAUCAUGGCUGAGAUGGAUGUGAGGGCUUUUAACAAGGCCAAAUCUGCAAGAGCUUCCUCUAGGAAAGCUAGCACGGGUGCAGCUGCAUCUUCAUCAUCUCUUCUUGAGGUUAGUACGCUUUUCCCAACUAAGCAGACGUUUAACACUCUGGAUGCCAAUUUGCUCUAUUCAUUGAUUCUUCAGAAUCAAAAAGCCCUGAUGAAUGCUGUUCUUGAUUUUCAAGAGGAUGUUAGGUUGCUUAAGGAGCAGAGGACGGGUGGUACUUUUGAGGAUGUAUAUAGACCAACCCCUCCAAAUCCGUCACUUGUGGCUGAGGAUAAUAGAGAUGAGGAUGACGAGUCAGAUAAUGAUGCAGAGGAUGAUGACAGUAGGAGUGACACUGAUGGUGGUGAUGAGGAUAUUCCAACAUCUACCAUUCCAUGCGCUAGAGAUGAUCCUGAUGCUUGAUUUUAUAUUCAUAUCAUUCAUGCAUCAUUUUUUUUAUCAGUUUUUACAUUGUCAUAACUUGAUAUUUUUGGAUAUUUUAUUUUGGUCUUUGACAAGUAUUAAACUGAUUUAUGUUUUCUCAGUUUUAGUUUUAUUUCUCUCUGGUUAUUUUGCUAUUACUUUGUCAAUUUUGUUCCAAAAAGGGGGAGAUAACAAGGUUACAUUAAGGGGGAGAAAAAUAUAAUUUUUUGGAUAAUUUAUUCAGGGGGAGUUUUAAACUUAUUUUAUUAAACUUUCACUGGUAGUUUUGCUUGAACUAUAUGUAGGAAUUCAGAUAAAAGUUUGUCCAAAAGGUGAAGUGAAUAGAAAUAAAAUAUUUCCGUGGUUCCUUAAAUGUUUGUAAUUUAUUUUUCUGUUUUGGGUAGAUUAUGAAUUGUUUUUAAGGUUUUGUCACGAAAUUGCCAAAGGGGGAGAUUGUGACAUAUAUUUUUGUAAAUUGGCAUAUUUCGGUAACAAAACAAGUCCUAGUCGAGUUGUAAUUUCAGUUAACAUAUCUGACUUGACAUCGACUACGGAAUUGGAAGUUUGUUCAGAAGAGGAAAGUACUAUUGAUCAUCAAAAAGGAAAUAACAACGUCGUUUCCCACUUAAUUAGGACACAUUGAUAUACAUGGUAUAUUUAUAGAGUUCCAAAAAUACAGAAUUUCAAAGUUUAUAUUGGAUUCUGUCAAGUGGGAACCGAUACCAAGAUUUAGGAACCGAUUCCAGAAGCUAAUACUCUAGAAACAACUUUCUAUCAAGUGGGAACCGAUACCAAGAUUGGGAAUCGGUUCCACAUGUCCUGAUUACAAAAGAAGUCCAGUUUCCUUAUUCUUCUUUAUACAUUUUCAAUCUAACUUUCCUUCUAAGUCCUAUGUACGAAUUUUCUUUAUUUUCUAAAGGAAUAGGACUUUGCAAACCUCUAUAUGAACCAUGUCAUAUACAUUGGUUUAUUCACGGCUUUUGUUAUAUAGAUUCAUUAUUUUUAAAAGACUUAGGAAGAUUAUUUUAGCAGAAUAUCAGAGUUGAUUUUUGUCAUCUUUUUAGAACACAUACACAUAAAGACAUAGUGAGAUUAGAGUUGUAGUGUUCAAAUCCUGAUCGUGAUCAUAUAGUUACAUCUACAACAAUCAGACAAAAGUAGAUCUUCUUCUACAUCAUUCAGACGAUUGAAGAAUAGAAGCAAAAGUAAUCACACUUUGAAAGGGUUGGAGCAUUCAAGAGUGUUGUCUAAUCUACCUGCUACUUUUUUACAAAUAUCAAGCACAAGCCUGAGGUCAAGUUACUGUUGGACAGGGAAUCGCAAAGCCAGAGGAUUGUCAGCUGUUGGUAUUUGGUAGAAUGAUAGGGUGUGAGCCAGAGUUAAAGUUCGGUAUACUUUGUUUCAAGUAUAGU